CCGGCGCGUGAGCAGGAUCCGGUGGCGCUGCGGGAAGGAGGGAGGACAAGGCGGCGGCGGCGGAGGCGGGGGACGGACCCCAGCCAGGGGCCCAGGAGGAAAGCGCCCUAUCGUGCCCUCUCCCUCCCACGCUCCCUGAUAGCUGUCCCCACAACGCUGCCCACCGACCGCACCGGGUUCCGUACAGAGCCAGAGAAGGCACCGGGCCCGAGCUGGGGCGGAGGUUCUCCCCGCCGCCUGGGCGCCCCGAGCGGAGGAUUUGCCCGCCGCCUAGGACCGCGCCCGUACCAGAGGAACGCGCGGCCUCGAGAGCGCCGGCUGCACCAGACCUCGGCCUGAUGGACGCCUGGUAUGGACAAUGAGGGAAGAAAGUGCCUCCCACACCCAAGAGGUGACCCCUGAGUGCACCCUGGAUGACCCUGCGACCUGGAACGAUGCGGCUGACCUGCAUGUUCUCAUCCAUCCUGCUGUUCGGAGCUGCAGGCCUCCUCCUCUUCAUCAGCCUGCAGGACCCCACGGAGCUCGCCCCCCAGCAGGGGCCAGGAAUAAAGUUCAACAUCAGACCACAGCAGCCCCACAACGACCACCCGCUGGGCAGUUCCCAGGAUGGUGACUUGAAGACAUUCACAGAAAGGGUCAUCCGAGACUUGUCCAGCCGAACCCCAAGGGACCUCCACAUGAGGGUGCCUGACCAGCCUCAACCGCACCCCAAGACGGGAGCCCAACUGCGACUCCUGCAGCGCCGACGCCGUCUGCUUAUCAAAAAAAUGCCAGCUGCGGUGGCCAUCCCAGCCAACAGCUCAUCGGAGACCUUUGUUCGGCUGGGAACCCAAGCCCUGGACAGCCACUGGCUUGGCCUGCACCAGAGCCAGCAGGAGCGCAAGCGGGUGAUGCAGGAGGCGUGUGCAAAGUACAGGGCGAGCAGCAGCCGCAGGGCCAUCACGCCCCGCCACGUGUCGCGCAUCUUCGUGGAGGACCGCCACCGUGUGCUCUACUGCGAGGUGCCUAAGGCAGGUUGCUCCAACUGGAAGCGGGUGCUCAUGGUGCUGGCCGGGUUGGCCUCAUCCACUGCGGACAUUCAGCACAACACAGUCCACUACGGGAGCGCCCUCAAGCGGCUGGACACCUUCGACCGCCAGGGCAUCCUGCACCGCCUCAGCACCUACACCAAGAUGCUUUUUGUCCGUGAGCCCUUUGAGAGGCUGGUCUCAGCUUUCCGUGAUAAGUUCGAGCACCCCAACAGCUACUAUCAUCCUGUCUUUGGCAAGGCCAUCCUGGCUCGAUACCGGGCCAACGCCUCGCGAGAGGCCCUGCGGACUGGCUCUGGUGUGCGGUUCCCGGAGUUCGUCCAGUACCUGCUAGACGUGCACCGACCCGUGGGCAUGGACAUCCACUGGGACCACGUCAGCCGGCUCUGCAGCCCCUGCCUCAUCGACUAUGACUUUGUGGGCAAGUUCGAGAGCAUGGAGGACGAUGCCAACUUCUUCCUGAGACUCAUCCACGCUCCACGCAACCUGACUUUUCCGCGGUUCAAAGACCGGCACUCGCAGGAGGCGCGGACGACAGCCAGGAUCACCCACCAGUACUUUGCCCAGCUCUCGGCCCUGCAGCGGCAGCGCACCUACGACUUCUACUACAUGGACUACCUGAUGUUCAACUACUCCAAGCCCUUUGCAGACCUGUACUGAGGGGCGGGGCCAGCCGGCCAGGGGCGGGCCCUGCCCCCGCCCCCGCCCCGCCCACUCACAGGCGCUGGGGCAUCCCACUCUCCUUGGUUCCUCAUCCGGGACCUGAGAUGUACUCACAGCAUCGGGGCGCUGAGAACCCAGGAGCCGAGUCUCGGGGAUGCAGCAGGCCUGUGGGAAACACAGGCUGCAGGCCUUGGAUGGGGACCCUGACCCUUGUCCCAUACCCACUUCCUAACUCCUUGACUGAGGGAGAUGCCCCACGGGCUCAGUCAAGAGCUACCAUGACCAGGGAAGUCUGAGGCCCGGAGGAUGAGGGCCCCAGCGGUGAGGGAUUUCCUGCAGUCCCUUCGCCAUUGCCUUGCACAAACCACAUGGUUUGCAGCUUUUCUAUGACCCGGGGAGGGGGGGAGAAUAAAGCACAUGGU